CCACCUGCUGGAUAAUCACAGUUGCGUCCCUUUCAUUUACGUAACGCCCGACCAAUCAAAAUGCUCGUACUAUUGAACAAUGAACUGAGAAAAUGGCCGCGCCCUUUCAGCAACAAGAAAUUGUGUGCAACAAAUUUAAAAUACAACAGCUUAGGUCGACACAGAUACGAGCAAUCAGUUCAGUUAAUGAAGGGAAAGACGUUUUUGUCGGGACAAGAACUGGGAGCGGAAAAUCGUUGGCUUAUGAAAGUUAUCCACUGUUAAACGAAGGGAAAAUUGUGCUUGUGGUUGCGCCUCUUGUUAGUAUCAUGGACGAACAGUGUCGUCGUCUCAAUGAACUAGGAUUUAAGGCCACGUAUAUCGGCAAGAGCAACGGCGACAACGAUGCUAUUUUAGCUGGACAUUUUGAUUUCAUAUUUGGCAGCGCGGAACAGUUAGUGGAAGACACAACAUGGCGAGCUAUGCUAACAACUGAACCCUACCAAAGCAAACUUGGUCUUAUAGUUGUAGAUGAAGCACAUACCGUAAUAAAGUGGGGCCAAGGUACAGACAAGGAAGGACCUUUUCGAGGUAGUUUCUCGAGGAUUGGAGAAUUAAGGUCCCUGUGCAACAAGGUUCAGAUCCUUGCUCUGACUGCAACUGCAGGACCAACAGAAAGAAGAAGAAUCAUGAAGAGUCUAUGCUUCAGAUCAGAAUCAGACAUUGUUGUCGAUUCUCCAGACAGACCGAACAUAAAGAUCACCACCAUCUGUAUCCCUAACAAUGAUGAUCUUUCAAAUGUGUUCAAAUUCUUGAUUGAUGACUUUCAAAGAAAAACAAUAGCGUUUCCCAGGCAUGUGAUCUUUUGUGAAAGCAUAGCAAAUGUUUCUAAGGUGUAUUUAACUUUUCUUAAACAUGUUGGACAGCUGCGUAAUCAUUUUGAAAUGUACCAUAGCAAAACAAAUGAUAAAAUCAAGGAACAAAUUAGAAAAGACAUGUCAGAAAGUGGUAAUAUCAGAGUUCUGAUUUGUACUAAUUCGGCUGGUAUGGGGGUGAAUUUUCAUGAUGUGAACAACAUUAUCCACUAUGGCUUGCCAAGAGAAAUGGACACUUUUGUGCAGCAAAUGGGUCGAGCUGGUCGCGAUGGAGGAUACAGCAAUGAACUUGUUUUGUAUAAGCUGCACAAAGGACAUCUAGGUAGAGUGGAGGGUGAACUAGUAAAACUUGUAAAAGAUGAUGUCACAUGCAGGCAUAAAACACUGUGUGAUUCAUACGUGACUGCACAUGCACCUAUUACACCUAAACAUAAAUGUUGUGAUGUUUGUGAGAAACAAUGCGAUUGUGGUGAGGAAUCCUGCCCCGACAUCCAUAAAGUGUUCACAGUUCAUGACGAUAUCGAGGAUGAAGAUGUUGAAAUGGAGAGAGAUGUGACAGAUGAAGACAAGAAAAUACUGAAACAUAAACUUUCUGUGUUAAAGUAUUCACUUGAAUCGGAUCUAAGCAACAUUGUGAUGAAAUCAGAAAUU